AUGACAGCUGCUGGCGCUGAGGCAGUUUGCUGUGAGAUCCCUGCGGAGAGUGACAGGAGUCGUUAUGCCCGAGUGAACCGCAGAGACAAAGGGCGGCCAAUGUGCUUCACUCGGUUCGCUGCGCUUGUCUCUUUACUUCUGUCUUGUUUGGUACUCUUGCUAAACGCAUAUCAUCAUAAAGCAGCAGACUACCAGCACACUUCAGCUGGAGGUGGCGUUCAACAGCAGCAGCAAAUUGAAAACAAUCUAAGUGCCCAUCUGACAGCUCCAUACUCAUUUAAUCAUUCAAACGUGAUAUACAUUGAAUGGGAGUACAACCUUGGACUUGCUCACCUUAGCGGCUUUAAGUAUCAUGACUGCGACCUCAUCGUGCUCAGUGAUGGCAUGUACAUGGUUUACCUGCAGAUCACAUUCCGGAGCCCUGGUCACUUUGUGUGUAACGAGGGGGAAUCAGGUUUCAUCCUCACCCAAAAAGUAAUCCUGUUUGCAAAGGGAUACCAAAAAAACAGAGACCUGCUAACAGCAUCUGACACAGUGGACUGCAUUCCCAAAUCGAAUGACUGUCAGCCAACUGGUUCACAGGGCUGCAAGGAGGAGUCAGGGACUCAGUACUGGGAAAAGUCUCUCUGCACGUCCGGGGUGUUUAAACUAAAAGCUGGGGACAGGCUCAGAGUGAGGAAGGGGGACAGGUACCAUGAGCUGAUGCUCCUUCAAGAAGACAGGACAUUUUUUGGGGCACAUCUCAUUUGAUGUUGUUCCCCAGAAACAACAGGUGCAGGGAUAAUAAUGGACU